CGUGGAGAGCAGAUCAAACGGAGGAGUAUUUCCACAGAGGGGGGGUUGAUCCGGAACCUUCUGAUCAAUAACCGAUCAGCAGCAGUUAGGGGCCCAUCAGGGCGGGUCAGGAGGUCAGAGGCAUGAGCCGGACCGGAUAUUUACCAGCUGCAGCGUGCACAACCGGCUCAUGAUGAUGAUGAUGAUGAUGAUAAAUCUGUCUGAUCCAUUUCAUGCGCUCCGACAGCCCCACGCUGCUCGAAGAUGACGCGGGGACUGGAUGCACGGCACGCGGGCUGGAUCCAGACUAACCUGGGAUAAAAAGUUCAACAGACCCGACAGUUCUUAAAGUUUGGGUCCCAAGAGACGGCAGAGAGUCCGGGAUUCAGAGAGCGGAGCGCCGGGGAGAGGAGGCGCACCGAGCCGCGCAAAGAGCUUCAGAGGAGAGGUCCUCAGUGAUGCUGCUGCCGCGGCCCUCUGUCCUGUCCGCGCUCCUCCUCCUCUUCAUCCUCCUGCAUACCCCGGGAAGCUGCCAAGCUGCAUCCCGGCACAGAGGCCCCGGGCCCCGGGCGGAGGGGCGCAGGAACCGCCACAGUUUGGCGCAGCUGAUCGGUCGGUCCCAGAGGGGCCCGGUGGGGCCGAGCGGGCGCGAACCAACCAGUCCGAAAAGACCGAACCGGUCCAACCACGAAGCUCACCUCAUUGAUCCGAAGCACAAGGAAAAGUUCAUCAUACAUCUAACAGGUCCUCUCUACUUCAAGCCACAGUGCCGGAAGCUGUUCCACCGCCUGUACAACACCACCAGGGACUGCACUGUACCCGCCUUCUAUAAAAGAUGUGCUCAUCUGCUGACUCGACUGGCCAAAAGCCCUCGCUGUGCCGAGAGAUAAACAGACACGAGACGCCGUUGGACAGGAAGUGGGAGCAGAGAACCCGCUUCACGCCCACUAACGACCAGCAGUAGAUGACAGAAGCUUGAUUUCACUCUUCAACCAAAGAACUGUUCAGCCCUUUGGAAACUUCUAGCUACGUUUGGACGAACUCUGACUGAUGCAAGGACCUCCCUCAGAGACUCCUGUGGUCUCCCACAGCUGUGUCCUAAGCCAGGCCUGCAGAGUCCUGCAGGUUUUAGGGGUUUUAGGGUCUAUAACACUUGAUUGAGAUGAUCUCAGCUGAGCGAAGGCUGUUAAUCAAGCAUCCAUGGGGGGUUUUAAGCUGUGCUAAAGCAGGAGAACAUCUAAAAUAUGCAGGACCAGGAGGAGGACCAGCUUUGGACGUCUCUGGUCCAGCAGAUCUAACUCUGCCUUUUUUCUUCGCUCACCUUGGACCCGCUAAGACUACCUGAUUCUGGCAGUGUUUAUGUUCACCUUAAUGACUAUGAAUGACUGUUGACUCUUCUACAGCGCCGCUGCUCUCUAUGGCAACAGGGAAGCAGUUCUUCAAUUGAUCCACUAAUGGUUUUAGUGGUUUCUGUUUGCAUUGUCUGUUCUGGAAGCAAACCUGGGACAUUUUGAUCAGUGUUUGAUUCCUUCAGGAUGUUUGAGCAGAGUUUCUGCUCCUGUCCAGAGCUGCAGGACAGACGGAUCCUGAAUGUCUUCAAUGGUCCAUUAGCCGGUAACUGUAAAGCUGUUCCCCUUUAUAUUUAUAUUGUUAAAACUGCCUCCCUCUGUGCAAUAUGUAGAUACUGAAAGAGGAAUAAAG